CAAGCUUUCAGCUGCACAACGACAGAGUGCAUAUUGCUUUUCCACAGUGUCCUCUGUGUUCCUAGUACACGGCUGGCACACUGCUCACUCUCCCAGUCUCAUGACCAAGCCAUUCUUUCACCAGCUCUCUGCAGACCUGUAAAGACUGCCACUUUUAUCACAGAUUUUCUUGGAUCCUACUUUGCAUUUGAAAUGAUCAUUUAAAAAAGCAAACUUGGAUUUUUGUUUGACAGGUGAGACAUUAGGAAAUAUAUCUGUUCCAGAGCGAAUUGUUCCAACAUGGCCUUUGUGAGAAGCUGUGUAGUCUUUCUCCUGCUGGUACUCCUGUCCCCACUUCAACUUCCCCACUCUGGUUUAGCUAGUGCCCAGGAGGUGACUGAUGAAGAGGAAGAUAUCCAUGCUAAAACACCUGAAGAUGCUGAGGAAGGUGAAGAGGUAGGCCCUAUGGAUAAGGAAGAGGAAGAAAGUACUGAUGAGGAAAAGGCUGGAGAGGAACAGGAAGCAGAGGAGGAGGAAGUGGAGGAAGAGAUGGCUGCUGAUGCAGCAGAAGAGGAGGAUGAAGAGGAGCAGGAGGAGGUAGAGAACGAGGCUGUCGAGAUAGAUAGUGAAGAUGAUAGAGAGGAUGAUGAGGAAGAGGAAGAUGAGGAAGAGGAAGAUGAGGAAGAGGCAAAUGAGGAGGAUGAUGAGGAGGCAGAAGAGGUAGAUGGUGAUGCUGAUGAGGAAGACUCUGAUGAAGAGGAUGAUGAGGCUGCAGAUGAUGGCGUAGCUAGUGACGAUGAGGAGGAGGAAGCUGCAGAUGAUGAGGAAGCUAGUGACGAGGAGGAGGAAGCUGCAGAUGAAGUCACAGAUGAUGAGGUGGAAAAUGACGCAGAAGAAGCAGAGGAAAACCUUGCUGAGGAUGACCAAGACGAUGAAGAAGAUGAGCAGGACAACACAACAGAGGACCUUGGUGAAACAAAUGAAGAAGAUGAUACUUCCACCAAACAGCACUUCCACACUGGCUCGUUGUGCAGCGUUUGCUCCAUCUGUGAGCAUUGUAACGAACAGUGUGACAAGUGUCCAUGUGCAGAGGGAGAUGAGUCUGCUCACUGUGAGCAUUGUGAGGACUGCUCAUCCUGCUACAUUUGCCCCAUUCUGUGUGAUACAGUUUGCACACCAGGCGGUUUCGUUGAUGAACUAACUGGAUCCAUCUUUAAGUCUGUUUCUUCUCUACUCUGAGCAGAAUAACUUUAGCAUCAAAGCAAAAACAUGACAUACAACAGGAUCUUGUCUUCAGUCACUGUUUAUAUUCUAAUAAAGCUUUAAUGUUAUUAUACAAUUUAAUGCUAUUUAAUUUUACAGCCUAGACUUGAAGUUAUAGCUGGGGGGAUGGCUUAUGAGGUUCAUUGUAUUUUUAUGAGGUUUACUGUAAAAAAA